AACUGCUAUAUUCCUGCCCCUAUGUACAAGAAUAUAACUACUAUAAUACUGCCAUUAUAUUUACAAAAAUAUAACUACUAUAAUACUGCCCCUAUUUGCAAGUAUAUAACUACUAUAAUACUGCCUUACACGUUGUUUCUGAAGUUACUCUUUUUCUUUUAAACAUUUUAGACACAAUUUAUGAUUAGUGAUGCUGCCAAAAAAGUUCUAUGACUCACGGGUAAAUGUUCAGUCCCUGCUGCUUUUUAUGUCCGUUCUACGAUCUGUAAAGAUUAGUCUUUUCCAGCAUUACAAUUACCAGGUCUGAAUCACCGGCUCCAAUUUAGAACCUAAGAGCACAUAGCGGUAUUUAUAACAUUGCACACUCACAGAGAGACAGGGCCUCAGCUCCUUCACAAUGCGCUGACUGAGCCAGCCUCAGAUCUGAAAACAGAACAUGCAAUUAGGGCCAACCAAGGUGUAUUCUGGGAUAAUUUGGUGCAUUUUAGCUGUUCAGGCCUGCAUUCAUGUGUGCACAGAUUAUCGGUAAAUGGCAGUGAGACUAAUCAGACACUCAUUGAGCCCAUCUCUGGGAAAUGUCAACUGGUCGUGUCUAAGAGGGUGUAUUUAUGGCGGGAGCGGUCUCCAGAGUUUGACUCUUAUUUUACAGCAGUGGCCCCAGAGGCACGAAGCUUCUAUACUCUUCCUAGGGCCCACUGAAAGACCACCGGAAGAAGAGGCCAAGGGGAUACAAGUCCGUCCGCCUUUGUAUGUCAGGAUUUACCGCAGGCUGGCUAACUACUGGUCAAACCCAAAAGUUGAGGUUCCAGUGGAGGUGGCCCCUGAGCCUUGGGAAGAAGCUCAGCUUUCUGCUGUAGAACUAUCCAUAAGUACACAAAACCACGAACCGGAUCUCACGCGCCAAAUGGACUCCAUGAGCAUCUGCAUUGAACCGGACACAAUCAGUAAAUCCGAAUUCAUUGGUCUGGGAGUGGAGAAGACUAACAAUCCCAAGCUGUGCCCCAAAGAUGCCCAGAUCUUGCACGUCAGUCACUGCAAUAUCCAGCUCCCAGAGGGAACUGCGGGACAUUUCAGCAUAGAUUCCGAAGAAUAUGACGCCAUGUCUGUAGAGGUGACACUUCUUCCACGGAAGUUGCGCUUCUUCUGUCACCCAUCCCAAAAAGAAAGGUUUACCCAGGGUUCAGCAGCAAGUACAUAACCGUACAGGACACCGAAUCUGUAAACUGUUACCAUCCGUCCAGUAUUGGAGCACGAAGUGUACUGUGGAGCGUUCAUCCAUACAGCAAAAAGAUGUGAGAUUUCUGAUCUCUUGUGUUGGAAAAGGAGCCAUCAGUGUGUAGACAAAUCUAGAGAGAUGGCAG